AUGUUUCUGCGUCAGGAAACCCAAGGCCCCAAGUUGGUGUGCACCCCGGGUCCAGAGCUGCACACCACAGUGGUGGUGCACCAGGAGGCCAGAUCAGACCCCGGUGUCCACGCAGGGGCUGCCCUCCUCACCACCAUGGUGUCGCACGAGUAUCUCCCGAGACGCGCCAGCCCGACGCCCACCCCCGAAACCCCAGCCCCACGGCAGGCCUCAAGUCCCCGACCUCCGGCCCGAACCGACUCCCCGGCCCCACACCGGCCCGAGGCCCGACCCCCGCCCGCGGGAGACCCUCACCGAGGACAGGGAGCUGGUGGCGAGCAGGAGGCGCGGCGGGGCGGCGGCCCGGGUCCCUUCGACUCCGGCACGGCGGCGCUGGCGGCGGCGGCGGCGGCGGCGGCGGCUCCUCGCGCUUUCCUUUCUCUCCUUUCUCCGACAACAAACAGGAAGUGCGUCACGCGGCGGCGGCGGCGCGGCGACGUGCACUUCCGCCCGGCCCUGACGCCGCGCAUGCGCCCCAGCCCGCCCGCCUUCCCGAAGGUAGAAGGACCUUUGAAGAGAAGAGGAAUUCUCGCUCCCUGCUGGUCCCUUGGCUUAGACGGAAGACGCUGAGGACAAAGCAUCCCCUGGUGGGAACCGAAACUCCCCCCCCUGGAGCAUAAGGACUGCCUGGGCCAGCGAGACCCCUGCGUGAUUGACUCCAAGACAGUGAUUCAUUUGACCUUCAGGGCCUGCAGGGACCCACCCUCCUUUGCCCCACAUUUUCCUUCUAUAAACCCAGAAGUAUUCCAGCAUUUCGUGGAGUUUUUGAAACACUAGCCCGUCUUCCAGCGUUGGCCUCACUGAAAUAAAUUCUUCUUUUGGGGCGCCUGGGUGGUUCAGAUGGUUAAGCGUCUGCCUUCGGCUCAGGUCAUGAUCCCGGGGUCCUGGGG